AAUGCGUAUAAGGUGUUCGUCGCGGGCUGUGGCCGCCAACAUUUCGUGGCGCAGUGGCCGAUCAGAUUCCCCUGGUGUGCGUCAUGGGAGAGAAGACCAGCUCCGCCAACGCGUUCCCGGAUGACGGGUUGUGCGACUACAUCUUCUUCGACUCGCUCUACAAAAACGGCCACAACAUGGUGUCCCGGCCGGCCACCUACAGCAACAGCCUGAGCACGUUCCUGAACGAGCACCCUGGCUACCAAAACACGACCCUUGGAGUUGGAUUCUCGUACCACUACUUACCGACGGCGGAGGAAGACCUGAAAGGGAAAUACCCGAGCCCACUGGAACCCUUCUGGAAGAAGGGCAUCUACCAUGUCGGGAUCCUCGACACCCCUACUCUGAUGCCCGAAAAUCAAACCAAAGCGGCCAUUUCAACAUUGAAGGAAAUAGAUAGUCUGCUCGUAAUGCAGAGACAGCUGGGAAAGCAAGCGAUUUCUGUGCUCGCCAUACCGGAUCCGGAGUUGGACUGGAGCUUGUCGUAUGCCAUCUACUUCAGCGAUGUCGACUUCACCCCUAACCUGGUAAUAUCUCUCGGCCACUACCACUUUGGCGACAACACGGUCAAGAAUUGCGUCAUCAUGCCUCCAACACGACAUCCAUUCGACAUUCCACCGGACGACAUCGCCAGGGACUACAACUAUGAUCUGUCGACUGCCGUGUUUAGCAUCCGAGAACUGUACUUGAAGAGAGUCAGCAGCAGAGGUCUGGUGUCCGUGACCAUGAAGGGCCGUUGGACGGUGCCUGUGUCGAGCAGCCACGUGGACUUCUUCUCGCGCUGCCUGUCAGAUCCGAGCAGCAAGUCCGACUUUGGCAGUUACACAGAGGUGUGUCUGGACGCAAGAUCCGCUUCCAGUGGGAAGAACCGGGUUCAGCUUACUUACUCGGGCCAGCACUGCGCCAUGCUGACCUACAACCCGGGCACCAGGCGCGCGUUCGUGUAUGACAACGAGGAUGCACUGGCUGUCAAGCUGUGUAGCGCAAGAGCUCAAGACCCGGAGGUGAAGUUCGGCAUCGCCGCUUAGGACAUAGACUACGAGGAUUAUGACAACCAGUGCGGCUCGCUGAACAAGUACGGCCGGCACAGCCGCUUGAAGCAGCUGAAGAUGGUUGUGGACUACUUCAGGAGCCAAAGUAGUCCCUCGUUCAACGAAGAAGCCUGCAGAGUGUUCGGGGGGUGAGGGCGUCGAGGUUGACCAUGUGCUUGUCCGAUGCCAUUCCACAUGCGAAAGCAAUGCCGUGAAAUAUACUACUCAUGGGUUUGUGGUUCUAGAUGUAUCUUAUAGUGAACAUAGUUGAAGACGACGAUAUAGUUUGAUAAACGCAACUUCGCUUCGGUGCAAUACACAUCUUUGGUCUAAUCAGUUCCGCAGCAAUCUACAUGGUCGAUAAAUUUUCGCAAUAGGAAAUGAUGUCAUUCAA